AUGUCGCAGCAACGGGAGUAUACCGCCGCUCCCUCCCCUCCGCGUACUCCUCCCGCCCAAACCUCCAAAUACCGGCCGUCCAAACAAAAAUUCCAACGCCCAUCGAUCCGCGACACCUUCCCUGACACGAUUGACAAUGGCACGAGCACCAGCGAUUCCGGGGAUGACCGCGAUCCACAUGACCUAUCCCUCUCCCCCCAGCAUGCCGUGCGCACGUCGAUCGUCGAUAACAUGCUUCUCUCCCUGGACCAAUUCGACGCGCCCGGAUCAUCCUCUCCUCUAGAUGAUUACCGCAUGUUCAAUUCCACCUUGGACUCGGAUACCCACACCCGAUAUCCCAAGGAGUCGACUGCCCCCGGUCGGUAUCGCGGUCACACCUUCUCCUCGUCCAUGUCCUCCGAAGCGGAUUACGCCUAUGAUGACAAUCGGUAUGCAACGAGGACAACAAAGGGCAGGCGGAGCAACAGCAGUUCCAACCAUCAAACAACGCCGAGGAGAAUGGGAAGCACACGAGGUCGAGACUCGAUGAGCGCGCGUGGGGUGCCGGCAAACAUUCCGCGAUCUAGCGAUGCCCGCAAAGGUAGCAAGGGAAGCUCAACCUCGACGGUCGAGUACCCGUACAACAUUCCUCGAACGCGAGCAGACUCGGGCUUAGACAGGCGCUCGGAGAGUUUUGACUGCGGGCCCAAGCGAGCCUAUGUUCCAUAUCCGGAGGCCGAUGCCGGCCAGGAUUCGCUGUUCUACGAUGACAGCGACGCCGCGCCGACACCAAGCGUGCCAGGAGGGCCACGAAAAAUCCCGGACUAUAGUAGGACACCAACCAAUUCACGGACGCCGGCGGGGUCGCGACGAAACAGUGCCAAAUCGGCAGCACAGGCUCCUCAGAUCCGCAAGACCCGCGCAGACAACAUCGGCACGGGGACUCUUCGAGCUCGGGACAAUGAAUACGCGCAGCCAGAUGGGGAGGUGGAAAUGCCUCCGCCCAUCCCCGCGUCGCAGGAGCCAGCCCCGAGCCCAACGAUCUCAUACAACAAACCUUCCCAUCCUCCGGAACCGGCUCCAGCGAAUUCGACCACUACAUUCGCCUCUACCAACACACCUACAAAGGACCGUCCUGGGUUUUUUCGGCGCGUGUUCGGCGGCUCAUCUAAGACACCGUCCCCCAGUGUUGGAGAACAAGGAGGGUCCAGCGCGAACGACUUGUCCUAUCUCCGUGAGAAUGAACCCAAAGAUGCCAAUGGAGUGACGGUCAAUCUAAAGGGGCGGCAACAGCAGUUGCCCCCCAAGACUCCUACCGCCGAGGCCUCGCCAUCCGCCCGAAAAGGACCGCAGCAAGUAGUGAAACAAAAAUCAUCGUUCUUCCGCCGGCGCAAGAAGUCUGUGGUUGAGAAUGUUCCGCCUCCAAUUGUUUUGCCCCAGGAGAUUGCAGCUCCACAGGCCCUAGAAAUGAUGAAGCCGGAGCCAAGCCCCGUUAGCAGUCUGCGGAGGGUCAUGGAUCCGUACCUUGCAGAAGCUAACCCGGCACUCCAAGCUUCCAAGGAGCAACGCCGCGAGGGGUCGCAGGCCCAAGACUCUUCGUCUUUGCAACCACAAAGAGAGACCGUGUCACCUUCUGCCGAGGAAUCGACAAUCAAGGUAGUCACUCAAGAUAGUGAGGUAGAAACGGCCACAGAGCCGGCCUUACUAGACCAACCCCGGAAUGCCACUCCCUCUGCGUCUUUGUCACCUGUGGUGGAGGAUUACUCGCUCAAUGCCAAUUCACCCACCAACCACUCCGCUGAUAAUCUUCCGAAAGAAACACCAGUUGAACUCAACAAGUUGGCAAUCCCUUCCACUGGCAAAGAUAUCAAGGCCCCCGAAUCUCCCGGUGCGUCCGUCUCAGAGGCGUCGCAAUAUCAAACCGCGGUAAACACCCCGGUGGUAGAAUCUGAAGAACCCAAAACGGCCGAGGAACCUAAGGACACAACCGACGGGCCCGGAGAGGCAGUGGAGGAUGAUCCGACGGCGAUUGAUCGAGAACAAGCGCAGAAGCUCUUUGAUAGCCAGGACCAAGUUGUGGGCAACGAGCCGGCUGCCGCUUGGUUGGGUGACCCUGAUCGUGCCAAGGUUCGGGAGGCGUACAUGCGACUCUUCAACUGGUCCAACGUCAACAUUCUCGCUGCCCUACGAAGCCUCUGUGAGCGUCUGGUGUUAAAGGGAGAGACUCAACAAGUGGAUCGCGUCCUAGAUGCUUUCUCAAACAGAUGGUGUGAUUGCAACCCGAGUCAUGGUUUCAAAGCCACCGAUGUUGUCCACACGAUUUGCUACUCCCUUCUUCUCUUGAACACCGAUCUUCAUUUGGCCGACAUCGACCAGAAGAUGACUAAAUCCCAAUUUGUACGGAACACUAUGCCGACCAUUCAUCGAGUUGCUAUGGACGCGGCUCCGGAGGGAUUUGACACCUUGCGUCCAGUUAAUCGUACCAAGACCACGCCUCAAAGCCUAGACGCAACUCCCACCUCUGCUCGAUCUGCAACGUUCCCUCUUGGCGAUGGUAGCCACGGGUCAUUGGACGUGGAUUCCAUCCGGAGCCCUGUCGAUGCCAGUAACGACACUGGCCCGCUGGUCAGUGUGCCAUUCACUGGAACCGUGAGAGCCUGGGAACAGCAGGUGGAAUCUGUUCUGAAAGAGUUUUAUAACUCCAUCCAAAGAGAAAGGCUUCCUCUGUAUGGUGCUCAGCCCGAGAGAGAAGUUUCUCGGAUGAACUCGAAUAACUUCCUGGGUCCUUCAAUGGGUACGCUACGCAGAAGCCCCAGCACGAUCAGCAAGAGUGGCUCGGACAUUUAUCCACGCGGCCGGUCCGCUGAUUCGCGUCAUGGAGCCGCACGGUGGUCAUCCAAGCCCCGUUCUCGAGCAGGGAGGCUGUACCCCCCAUCCUUCAUGGGCUCCAGCCGAACAAGUCUUGAUGAUCAGUCGUCUCUUUGGAGCCCUACUGCAUCAAGCACUUGGAGCAAAUACUCUCUGGGCAGAUUCACUUCCGCUUCUGUGGACUCUUUCGGCUCGGAGUAUCCGCGCGGCGAGUACCAACAAUCCAUCGGCUUUGCAAAUGCACUGAGCCAGGCAAUCAUUCGCGAAGACUCCGCCACCUCCGUUUACAGCUAUGAGGACAACGAACGCACGAUGCCUCUGCUCGAGGAUGAGACUUUGGUCCUUGCUGGCGCACCGUGGGCCAAGGAAGGAAGCUUGAAGCACAAGCACCACUUGGACGCUGUGGACAAACGAGCCAAGGACCGAAACUGGAACGAAUGUUUCGCAGUCAUCCAACAUGGCUGGAUGCGUCUCUUCUCCUUCAACUCCAAGUCGAUGCGCCAGAAAGCGAAGCAGCGUGGCGGCGUCGUGGUUGGAGGAGGCAACUGGACGGAAAACGCCGAGGAGCUCUGGAAGUUCAUGCUACGUCAGACUAUUGCCAGUGCUCUUCCCCCGCCCGGAUAUUCCAAGUCCCGUCCCCACGUCUGGGCGUUGAGUCUGCCCACCGGCGCCGUGCAUCUCUUCCAAGCUGGUACGCCCGAUAUUGUGCGAGAAUUUGUCUCUACGGCCAACUAUUGGAGUGCACGAUUGUCAAAGGAGCCUCUGGUGGGAGGUAUCAGCAAUAUUGAAUAUGGAUGGAGCGAUAAUGUGAUCAACACCGCCUUGGUGAACCCCGAAGGUCGGUCCCCGCCGCCUGGGUCUGGGCCCCGACCAAGCAUCCAGAGCUCGAUCCGGAGCUCCAUUGAUCAGCAGAAUGUGCGGCCCCGACUCCCUGCCGACAGGGUCCACAUCAGCGACUGGAGCCCGCCGCAACAGAGCAUGGUCGCCUCCCAUCUUACGGAGGAGGACCAACUGAAGGCUCUUCAGACAUACGUGAAGAACAUCGAAGACGAGCUCCAGAGACACAAUGAGCUUCGAUCUGCCAUGAAUCUCGCCUUCUCCCCACGCCAUCCCAACUCCACCAAAGCGAUGGCCAACUGGGAGAAGAAAUCCUCGUAUCUGUUGCGGGAGAUUGUCAAGUUCCGCACCUAUAUGGAUUCUCUUCGCAAUGCUGUGACGUCGAAGGAAAAAUUCUAUGCCGAGUCCAACAAUUACUAUAACGGUGCUGGUGUUGACAGCGACUCUGUGAGCAUCAAGCGGCCCGUGACCGGUGCAGGCCCAGCCUGA